UCCCGUCUCUUUCUCUCUCUAGCAUCUGCUAGCAACGUGUUCAUGGCCUUGGUGUUGGUAUCCGUGUCUGUAUAUAUGCAUGUGUGCGGUGUCGGUGGACCGAGUAACGUGCUCAAUCGCGUCGUACGUUGGGACGAGCUGUGACCGUUCGUAAACUCUCUGCUCCGCCUUCAAAUUCGCCUAUCUCUCCCCCUGUCUCUCUCUUCUAUUUUUUGUGCCAUCCCCGAGCUUGCGCUCGCUGGGAUUCUGGUUGGGUCGUCUUCUGAUUGUUUCGUUUUCGCUCGGUUGGAUUGGUCGGGCUCAGAUAUGCCUGCGAUUCGAGGACCCGGCGCGUGCGUGUUCGGGGCUUUGGGGGAGCUCGAUUUGAGGCUGGCGAAGAAGGAGCUAGGGUUUGUGAGUUGCUCGGGGCUGGACGCCAAGCGUUUCGAGCGCGGAAGGAGCGGGCCGUCGCGGGUGUGCCUCCGUCGUGGCGAGAGGUCGGUCCCUUUGGCGCCGGUCAGAGCGAUGGAGCAGAGCAGGACCGCUCACGUGAAUAGCAAAGCUGAUGGCGCUGAAGGUGAAAAUCUCCACCAGAUAUCUACGGUUGGAAACUCAACAAACAUCAAGUGGCACAGUUGUUCAGUUAGUAAACUUGAAAGGCAGGAGUUGCUUCAGCAAAAAGGCUGUGUCAUAUGGAUCACCGGUCUCAGUGGUUCAGGGAAGAGCACACUAGCUUGUGCUUUGAGUCGGAGCUUGCAUUCAAGAGGAAAGCUGACCUAUGUCCUUGAUGGUGACAAUGUUCGUCAUGGUUUGAACAGUGAUCUGAGUUUUAAGGCAGAAGAUCGCGCAGAAAACAUUCGAAGGAUUGGUGAAGUAGCCAAGCUCUUUGCAGAUGCAGGGGUGAUUUGCAUUGCUAGUUUGAUAUCCCCAUAUAGAAGAGAUAGGGAAGCUUGCCGUGCCAUCUUGCCAGAAGGUGAUUUCAUUGAGGUCUUCAUGGAUGUGCCGCUCCAAGUUUGUGAGGCAAGGGAUCCCAAGGGUCUGUACAAGCUGGCACGAGCUGGAAAAAUUAAAGGUUUUACGGGAAUUGAUGAUCCAUACGAACCUCCACUAGAUUGUGAGAUAGUGUUGCAACAGAAGGAAUCUGAAUGUGCUUCCCCUUGUGAGAUGGCUGAAGAAGUCAUCUGUUUCCUGGAGGAGAAAGGGUACCUCAAGGCCUAAUGCAAUGGCGUGGCCCUCUGUUUCUCUCGACUGAAACCUCCUGCUCCUGUACCAUUCGUACGGCUGAAACCGGCGACCAAGCCUCUUGCAUUAAGGAAACUCCUGGUUUCCAGUGUGGAUUCGUUCCGUUAGUAGAAUAAAGCGUUGAUUAAUUUAUUAAGUUGUUCAUUGUUGCGUAGCUCAAAAUUUAGGCUGCAAUAAAUUAAAGAUGGAACUUUUGGUCUGGGGCUGGGUUGCAUUUGAUAGGAAUGUAUUAUAAUAGCAAAUGAUCGUCUUUAUUGCUUCUAUUAGUUAUUAAUUUUAUCGUGGAAUAAAUCUUUGUCGUGGUUCCAAGUUU